AUGAGUUUAUUCGGUCGCCCGCCCAUCGACGAGGCGCCCGAGACGUCGCAGGUCCUGAUCCAGACAUUAUACGAGGCGCCGCAGACAUGCCACUGCUGCCGCAACUGGUCCGUCGACCCGGGCGCGUCGCUCGAGGAGGAGAACAAGGCGCUGGUGGCGCGCAUGCGCAAGAACUACAGCGACGGCCGCACCAUGUCGCUCGACUCGGUGGUGAUCCAGAACGCGAGCCUCAAGCAGACGGUGCGCGAGGUCUUCGAGGGCUACAAGGGCAUGAAGCCGUCCAUGAAGAAGUUUGUCUUCAAGGCGCCCUUCCACCCCUUCUACUUCCGCUGGGCGCGCUUCACCGAGAUCCUCGAGCGCCAGCAGCGGUCGCCGCAGCCCGCCCCGGCCACGUACUCGCAGCUGCUGCACGACCUGCUGCUCGAGGAGCUGCAGAAGGACAUGACCGAGGUCGAGCUGCUGCUGGCCAACAAGUCCAUCACGUACCGGCGGCUGUGGGCCAUCUUCCAGCCCGGGGAGCGCGCCGUCUCGACCAAGGACGGCGUGCACGAGUUCUUCGUCAUCAACUACUGCGAGUACAAGGAGUCGCACAUGGAGAUCCACGCCAAGUACGUCGACUGGGACGGCACGAGCUUUGGGUACGCCAACAAGACCCUGCGUGUGGACAGGUUCGCCGGGACGAGGCACAUCGCCGAGCUGGAGGUGUUUCCCGCCUCGUAUCAUCCCUUGAAGAAGGAGCUUGAGCUACAGGCCAUCGCGCGCGGGAAGAAGUUCCAGACACUCGGCCUGGGGCACCAGCAUAAGGCGUACGACGGGCUGGUGAAAUACACCGUCGGUCGACGCAAAGUAACCAAGAGCAUGAAGGGCCGUAUUGUGCUAGACAAGGUGGCCUACAUGCGAGAGACCCGAAAAGACACGGAGCUGGUGGCACUGACGGCUGGAGCAAUCAUGCCGGACAUCGACGUCGGCGAUUACGAGCACAUUCGUCCCGAGCCAAUCUCUGCCCAGACCAUGAUCAACGCGCUGGACGGGGAUAUUCAAUUCGACAAGGUGGCGAGCAAGAUUAAGGCGCGACGGAGCUUGAACAGAAAAAGCCAGGAUCUCACCGAUGAUCAGCUUAUGCUAUGCUCCGCAACCGUCCACGGAUUCUUCCUGGAGCUGAACCGAUGGGCGAAAUUCGAGGUGGAAAGUGUCAAGGACAUCGAAUGGGACGACGAAGUGUUCUCGACUCUACUGCUCCCGGAGGGAUACAAGACUCUGAUGCUCUCGUUCGUCCACGGCCAGGAGGGUAACAUGCCCCAGACAAAGGAAAUAGAGCAGAGCAGGGGGCUGGGCCUGAACAUCUUGCUGGCGGGGCGUCCGGGGACAGGCAAGAGUUUCACAGUCGAGGCGGUGGCAGAGCACACGCGCCGCCCGCUCUACAGGCUGAGUGCCGCAGAAUUGGGUGAGGGCGCCAAGGCGGUCGAAGAGAGGCUUCAGAUGGUGCUGGAGCUUUCGGAGAAAUGGGACGCCAUCCUGCUGCUGGAAGAUUGCGAUGGCUUUCUCCAAGACAGAGCCAUCGUCGGCGUGGCACUUCGUCUCUUCGAUUUCUACAAGGGCCUCAUGUUCUUGACAUCCAACCACCCAGAAGCCAUCGACAGUGCGAUGCAGACCCGAAUCAAUCUCAGACUCAACUACCCUGAUUUGAAUGCAAGUUUUAGGGAGAACAUCUGGAAGCAGCUCAUCUGGAGUCUCGGACAAGCCAACACCUUGUCAAAUGACGACUUUGCGAAACUUCGAGCCCUCGAGAUGAACGGCAGACAGAUCAAGAACGUGGCAAAGUUUGCCGUGCUGUUCGCCACCCGAGAGAGGGAGGCCUUCUGCAUGCAACAUAUCGAGCUGGUACUUGAGGCGACGCGUAACGGACUUUCGAGCUAG